UACGCCAUGACGCCCGCGUGUGUUUCCUGUUCUUAAUCCCGCCAAUCAGCUUUCUCCAAAUUGAAACGCGGUCUUGGUUCAAAACACACAACUGACGCUUAUUAGCGUGAUUGGAAAUACCGAUUAAAAGGCACAUAUAACGACACGCAGGUUUGACCCCCACAAUGGCAGAAGGAGAUGUGGAAUGGGAGCUGAGCAAAGAAAACAUUCAGCCUCUGCGACGCGGCAGAGCCAUAUCCUCUUUACACCAAGCACUCAGCCACGAACAGGAUGCCAUCAACCAACAAAGACAGGCUUUCGAGUCUGAACUGCGAAUGUACGAUGGAGAUGAUCCACUUAAUGUUUGGGAUCGGUAUAUAAAGUGGACAGAGCAGUCCUUCCCAUGCGGAGGGAAGGAGAGCAACCUCACUACGCUGUUGGAACGAGUUGUGACCUUGUUCAAAGAAGAAAAGAAAUACCACAAUGACCCUCGUUAUGUGGAUCUCUGUAUCAAAUUUGCAGAGAACUGCUCGGAGCCCCUGGAUAUUUACCGGUACAUGCAAGCACAGGGGAUAGGAGUGACACAAGCGGGUUUCUACAUUGCUUGGGCCGAAGAGUAUGAAAAUCAAGGGAAUUAUCUUAAAGCAGACCGGGUCUAUCAGGAGGGACUCAUGAAGUUCGCCGAGCCUCAUGAUAAGCUUCUACAGUUUCACAAGGCUCUGCAGGCACGCGUGUCCCGGCAUAUUUUGACGAAUGUGGAUGAAGAUGAUAGUGACGAUGAGCCCAAAGAAUUGGAGAGAGUUUCUCUAGCCUCUCUUAAACAUAGAGGCAAGAAAAAGGCCAUCGCCCCUGUCAACAGAACUGGUUCUGCAAUCAAAUGUUUUACUGGAGGCCUGCAGUCACAGGGGGUCCCUGUCCUCGGCAACAGUUCGAACAGUCAGUUGGUCAUUUUCGAUGAGAGUAAGUCUGAAGGUGCCGGCACGUCAGAGCUUAGAGCGCAGUCCUGGAUGGCGCCGCCCACCCACCGGGCAAAAGAGAAUGAGCAGAAGCCUGCAAAAUGGUGUGAUGUCAAGAUGCCCCAGAAGACCAAAUUUGGACAUACUGUUAUGCCUGCGCCGCCCCCCAAACCCACUUUUCAACCCUUUGUUGAGGAAUCAGACCAGCUUCCAAAAAUGACUCCGUGCAAGAUCAACCCAGCAGUAAACACGGUUCUGUCAGCACGUAAACCCUGCAAAGAAGACACUCCUCUAAAGAGACUACAGGAGCACCAUCGGCAACAGGAGGAGGUGGAAUCAGGGAAAACACAGGAGCAGAGUGUGUACUGUAAAGAGCUGCUGCUGAGCGGAGCCACUGAAUUCUGCUUUGAAGAACUACGGGCUGAACGCUACUUUAAAAAGAUGGCACAGGAAUCACAGAAGGUCGAAGGUCAAGAGGCUUAAGCUCCCGUCACUGCUUCAGUUUGACAUACUUUAUUAACAUUGUUUUACUUUUAUCUGUAUGUAUCACAAAACUACUGUCAAGUGCUUUUUUUCAUGCUGUACAUGUUUUCAUAGCAAUUCAGUAACUAAAAGAAAAGAAGUGGACUGAAUAAUAGGAACGAGCAUUUUAUGUUUAGUUCCAUGUUUUUUGUGUGACCAUGUUCAAGCUUCGAGUGGAUUUUUUUUGUCGUCUCCACAUGAACCCACAGAUUUGGAGUAAACUAAAUUGUGCGAUGUUGA